AUGGCACCCAACCCGACGUCGACGACGGCGGCACCGAAAAAUCGAAUAGACGCCUGCCGCGAGCGGCCCCUGGACCACUUCCAUCUUUUCUCGAAGCUCCCCACCGAACUUCGCCUGAGGAUAUGGAACUUUAACCUCCCGCCGCCGCGCAUCGUGCCCAUCAGGUGCGGCGCAAAAUCCCUCUCGUUCGCCUCGCACGCCCAAACCCCGCCGCCGUCGACGAGCGGCUGCACCUCAUACGUCGCUAUCCCCGUCAACCUCCACGUCUGUCACGAGUCGCGCUUCGAGGCCCUCAAGUCAUACGACCUCUGCUUCGGCAUGACGCGCAACCCGGGUCAGAUCUUCUUUGACCGAGACCACGACGUCCUCUACUUCGGGGCCCGCGACGGCUAUAUGGCCUCCGAGGCGCAGUUUCUGACCGUAAUGUCCCUCUGCGACCCCGACGACCUCGCCAACGUCCGCCAUCUCGCCGUCAACGACUCACUCUUCUGGGUGGACUCCAUGUACCAGAGCAUGUCAGCCGCAAACCUGACAGUGGAGGUCCUGAAGCAGAUCCACGCGCGCAUGCCACAGUUGGAACACCUCAUCUUCGUGCCGCGAGACGAGAAUCCCGUCUACGACGACCACGUUGAGCUCAUCGAGGCGAACCCGCACGGGGCGUUGGAGCAGAGGAUGAUGAGGCAGAUGGAGGCGGACGUCGAUCUGGGGGAUCAGAGGGGUGAUAUCCAGGUGCUUUCUCGCGAGAUGUUGAUCGACAUGAGGGGGUGA